AUGACAAAUCCAAAGGACGAUCCCGAAUACGACGAGUGGUGUGAUCCAGAUAAUCCACGUAUCAUCAAAUAUGACGAUAUAUUAGCUGCGUCACGUCGUAUUGAAGGCCAGAUUGUUAAAACACCAUGUAUGAGAGCUCAUAUGUCGAAAAGACUGGGAAUGGAAUUAUAUCUGAAAGAGGAAUUCCUUCAGGCCACGGGAUGUUUUAAAGAACGCGGAGUGAGAAACACGUUAUUAUUACUAAACGAAGAACAAAAAAAAUAUGGUGUAGCUGCAGCCAGCACCGGUAACCAUGCUGGGGCUCUCGCAUAUCACUCCGCUCAGAUGGGCAUACCUAGCAUGGUCGUCAUGCCUAUACAUGCCCCGAUCACCAAAAUAAAUAAGGCUGAAAGAUCUGGAGGAAAGAUAGUUUUACAUGGCGCUAGUAUGGCAGAGGCUAAACAUUAUGCCAUGACAAUGGCGAAGGAGAAGAAAAUGAUGUAUAUUAACGGCUACGAUCAUCCAAAUGUCAUAGAAGGUCAGGGUACCAUUGGUAUAGAGGUGAUAGAACAGGUGCCUAACGUGGAUGCCAUUCUAGUACCAUGCGGAGGAGGAAGUCUGCUAGCUGGAACAGCCAUCGCCAUAAAACAUCUAAAGCCCGACUGCGAAGUUUAUGGUGUGGUAACAGAUAAAACAUACAGUAUGGUAGAGGCUCUUAAGAAGAAUGAACGCGUCACUAUUCCACUGGAACCAUCGAUAGCCGAUGGACUAGCAGUGAACAAAGUUGGUGCCAACACGUUCCACAACAUGAGAGGGUUUGUCGACAAAAUGGUUGUAGUAAGGGAGGACUGGGUGGCUCGAGCUAUUAUGCAUGUGAUCGAAGAAGAAAAGGUCGUUAUAGAGGGAGCCGCAGCCGUGGGUAUUGCAGCUAUUAUGGCCGGCUUGUUCCCACACUUAAAAGGCAAAACAGUGGUGGCAGUCUGCUCUGGGGGUAACAUUGAUGCAACAACUCUUACGCGUGCGCUGGAACGAGGUAUGGCAGCGGAGGGGCGACUAGUGAAGUUCAAGGUGACGGUGUCGGACCGACCCGGAGGCCUAGCCGAAUUGUGCAGUAUGCUUGCAAGCCUCGGCGUCACCAUGCGGGACUGUGUGCCUGAACGAGCCUGGGUCAAAGGAGAUGUUUUCAGUGUUCAAUUGAAAGUGAUUGUUGAAACCAGAGGUUGGGAUCAUACAAAAGAACUGGUAGAGGCAAUCAAAAAACACUACAAAGAAUACUUCUUCCAAGAAAUGGAGAGGUCCGAUGCAUCAGGGGGCGCUGGACGCGGACCUUGCCACAACUCAGCAUGCAUGCAGUAA